GUUUUCUCGGGUCCCGCGUACGCGGCCGAGGCGGCGCGCCUGGGACCGGCCGUGUCGGCGGCGGUGCGCAGCCCGGGCCUAGACGUGCGGCCCGUGGCGCUGGUGCUCAACGGCUCAGACCCGCGCAGCCUCGUGCUGCAGCUCUGCGACCUGCUGUCGGGGCUGCGCGUGCACGGCGUCGUCUUCGAGGACGACUCGCGCGCACCCGCCGUCGCACCCAUCCUCGACUUCCUGUCGGCGCAGACCUCGCUGCCCAUCGUGGCCGUGCACGGCGGCGCCGCGCUCGUGCUCACGCCCAAGGAGAGGGGCUCCACGUUCCUGCAGCUGGGCUCCUCCACGGAGCAGCAGCUUCAGGUCAUCUUCGAGGUGCUGGAGGAGUACGACUGGACAUCCUUCGUGGCGGUGACCACGCGGGCCCCUGGCCACCGGGCCUUCCUAUCCUACAUCGAGGUGCUGACGGACGGCAGCCUGGUGGGCUGGGAGCACCGCGGGGCGCUGACGCUGGAUCCAGGGGCCGGCGAGGCGGUGCUGGGGGCCCAGCUCCGCAGCGUCAGCGCGCAGAUCCGCCUGCUCUUCUGUGCGCGUGAGGAGGCCGAGCCAGUGUUUCGGGCUGCCGAGGAGGCGGGCCUCACCGGGCCCGGCUACGUGUGGUUCAUGGUGGGGCCCCAGCUGGCCGGGGGAGGAGGCUCGGGGGCACCCGGGGAGCCCCCGCUCCUGCCUGGAGGCGCCCCACUGCCCGCCGGCCUGUUCGUGGUGCGCUCAGCCGGCUGGAGGGACGACCUGGCCCGGCGCGUGGCGGCCGGCGUGGCCGUCGUGGCCAGAGGUGCCCAGGCCCUGCUGCGUGACUAUGGUUUCCUGCCCGAGCUCGGCCACGACUGUCGCGCCCAGAACCGCACCCACCGCGGGGAGAGUCUGCACAGGUACUUCAUGAACAUCACCUGGGAUAACCGGGAUUACUCCUUCAACGAGGAUGGCUUUCUGGUGAACCCAUCCCUGGUGGUCAUCUCCCUCACCAGGGACAGGACUUGGGAGGUGGUGGGCAGCUGGGAGCAGCAGACCCUCCGCCUCAAGUACCCGCUGUGGUCCCGCUAUGGCCACUUCCUGCAGCCGGUGGAUGACACACAGCACCUCACGGUGGCCACGCUCGAGGAGAGGCCCUUUGUCAUUGUGGAGCCCGCCGACCCCAUCAGCGGCACGUGCAUCCGAGACUCGGUCCCCUGCAGGACCCAGCUCAACCGCACCCACAGCCCUCCGCCGGACGCCCCUCGCCCGGAAAAGCGGUGCUGCAAAGGCUUCUGCAUCGACAUUCUGAAGCGGCUGGCGCACACCAUCGGCUUCAGCUACGACCUCUACCUGGUCACCAACGGCAAGCACGGGAAGAAGAUCGAUGGCGUCUGGAACGGCAUGAUUGGCGAAGUGUUCUACCAGCGCGCGGACAUGGCCAUCGGCUCCCUCACCAUCAAUGAGGAGCGGUCUGAGAUCGUGGACUUCUCUGUCCCCUUCGUGGAGACGGGCAUCAGCGUCAUGGUGGCACGUAGCAACGGCACCGUGUCCCCCUCGGCCUUCCUCGAGCCCUACAGCCCCGCCGUGUGGGUGAUGAUGUUUGUCAUGUGCCUCACCGUGGUCGCCGUCACCGUUUUCAUCUUUGAGUACCUCAGUCCCGUCGGCUACAACCGCAGCCUGGCCACGGGCAAGCGCCCUGGCGGCUCAACCUUCACCAUUGGGAAAUCCAUCUGGCUGCUCUGGGCCCUGGUGUUCAAUAACUCGGUGCCCGUGGAGAACCCCCGGGGGACCACCAGCAAAAUCAUGGUGCUGGUGUGGGCCUUCUUCGCCGUCAUCUUCCUCGCCAGCUACACAGCCAACCUGGCCGCCUUCAUGAUCCAGGAGGAGUACGUGGACACCGUGUCUGGGCUCAGUGACCGCAAGUUCCAGCGGCCCCAGGAGCAGUACCCACCCCUGAAGUUUGGGACGGUGCCCAAUGGGUCCACAGAGAAGAACAUCCGCAGCAACUACCCCGACAUGCACAGCUACAUGGUGCGCUACAACCAGCCUCGCGUAGAGGAAGCGCUUACUCAGCUCAAGGCAGGAAAGCUGGAUGCCUUCAUCUAUGACGCAGCCGUGCUCAACUACAUGGCCCGCAAGGACGAGGGCUGCAAGCUGGUCACCAUUGGCUCCGGCAAGGUCUUUGCCACGACGGGCUACGGCAUCGCACUGCACAAGGGCUCCCGCUGGAAGCGGCCCAUCGACCUGGCACUGCUGCAGUUCCUGGGGGACGAUGAAAUUGAGAUGCUGGAGCGGCUGUGGCUCUCUGGGAUCUGCCACAACGACAAGAUUGAGGUGAUGAGCAGCAAGCUGGACAUCGACAAUAUGGCAGGUGUCUUCUACAUGCUUCUGGUGGCCAUGGGUCUCUCCCUGCUCGUCUUUGCCUGGGAGCACCUGGUCUACUGGCGCCUGCGGCACUGCCUGGGGCCCACCCACCGCUUGGACUUCCUGCUGGCCUUCUCCAGGGGCAUGUACAGCUGCUGCAGCGCCGAGGCCGCCCCACCGCCAGCCAAGCCCCCGCCGCCGCCGCAGCCGCUGCCAAGCCCGGCGUACCCGGCAGCACGGGUGCCGGGACACGCACCCAAAGGAAGCCCCGCCUUCUCCUCCCCCGCUGUGACCCCACCCUCAGGCCCAAACUUCCCACCCAGUCGUACCUACCAGCCCCAGGAGCCUCCAACCGCAUUCUCUCCAAAUCCACCCCUUAUUCAGGACCCUGCAGUGAUAAUCCACCAGACCCCCAAAAGCCUCCUCUUCCUGGGUUCCCAGCCGGGUCUGGGGCUGGGUGGUUGA